CACACGAUUAUCGUAUAUCGCUAAUAUCUGCUGCACAGACAAGGUAGACAUUUUAAUUUAAAAUGAUUCGUUGUUGUUUAUUUUAACUGACUGAAAUGUUAAACAAGGAAACCAAUCUGCAGAGUAACAGGCAUCGUUGAGCGGUCCCGGAAAUCCCUGUAUUUACAAACAUUCUUAGCUAGCACUGCUGUAUUUGUAACCAGCUGGGAGCUAAAGCGAGGAGCUAAGGAGAUACUACCUGACGGCGUAAAGACGCUUUUUUAGAUAUCUUCCUGUCAAAUAAGGCGAGGCUGUGAAGUGGGACAGGCAUGCUUGAGACUACUACAGCGGGUGAAAACCGCCUUGACGGCCCUGAAAGUGACGCGAAGCAGCCUCCGAGCACCGCAACAACGGAAUACUGCGCAAAGUUGCAGCAGUGGAUGUGGCAGUAUCACUGGGGUUAUUCCAAUUGGCAAAGCUGGGUGUCUCUGUCUGCCUUCCCCUUCCCUCCUCCGGGUUGUUUCCCUCCGCCGGGGACAUGCCCUCAGACACCGGGUACAACUGCUUCGACAUCCGCCGGUGCGCAGCUAGGCUUUGACACGCUAAACCGGUACAGUUACCCCUAUCCCCUCAAUUUCCCUGCAUCCUACCCCCACCCAGCUGGUGCCCACACGGAGCAGACAGCCGCUGAUGCCCGGACAGCCCAGCAGCAGAAUGGAAGUCCUCCUCAGCCAGGACGGGAGUACAUCAUCCCCUCUCCUCUCCAGAGGUUCCUGGCUGAGACUGUGGAUUUCUUUAUCCUGUUUUGUGUGAAGGCCACCAUUGUGCUGUGGAUCAUGCAUCUGAGUGGGAUGAAGGACAUUACCAAGUUCAUUACCCACUUCAUUGUGGAGGAGAUCGAUGAGAACACGUCCAUGGAGGACCUGCAGAAGAUGAUGGCUGUAGCUCUGGUCUACAGGCUGCUGGUGUGCUUCUAUGAGACCAUCUGUAUUUGGGGAGCUGGUGGUGCCACGCCAGGGAAGUUCCUGCUGGGCCUGCGCGUGGUGACGUGUGACAACUCCACUUUGGUCCGACCCAACCGAGUCCUUGUAGUCCCGGCCUCUAAUGUCUCCCUCUCUGCCUCUGCAGUGCGGGCACUUAAUAAGAACUUCUCCAUCGCCUUCCUCUUUCCCGUCUUCAUCACCCUCCUCUUCUUCCAGCACAACAGGACUGUGUAUGACAUUGUGGCGGGGACCAUUGUGGUCAAGCGCAGAGGCAGAUAGCCUCUCCUCAGGCAGCAGACUCUCAUACUGCGGGUGCAGAGUGUCUUAAGUUUAAACCAGUUAGAAAUGAACUUACUUUGAAAAAAGCAAUGCAUUAGCCCAUUUCUUCACUGGAUCAAGGACUUAAACUGCACUUUGAUAUUGGAUGCAUGCAGGUUUCGACCUGGUUCUUGAAUUCAAAAGAAUCUUUUAAACCACGGAAUCAGCAAAUAAGAUGUCAGAAACUCUUUAAAGUAUUGUAAUUUUUGAUAAGUGCAAAACAAGUUAAUACUGAUAUUUAUGUUUGUGUUUGAUUUAAUUAUUCUAAUAAUAAUCUAAAAGAAGUGUAUGAAAUCAGAAUAAUUUAAAAACAUACUUCAAUGAAUCAAGCAUUACUUGGUUAUUGUUCUUUUCUUCAAGGUGAUAAUGUUGAAUUUAAAUGUUUGGUUUGCUAAGGAUUUACAUUGUGAUUAUUCUUAAGCACUCCGACUGAAGAAAAGUAACGCCAGGCUUAUUUGUAUCCAUUUUCUGUGCCUAUGGAUAUUUUGAUGAAGAAGUAUUGUUUUGUUAUUCAAAAUAACGUUUUAGUCCCUCGUGUAUGAGGUUCAAACACGAGAAAGUGUGUUUGUGUAUUCCCUGCUCAUAUUUCUGUCUUCAGACUUGUAAAUCUUGUGACUCAGGGCAACUGUUUAGCAUCAGAUCGAAUGCCACGGCACCUAAUAAUUCCUAAUUAUGCAUAAUGUAAAACUCUUAUGUUAUCAGAGAUUUUUAACCAUUUAUUCAUAUGUCAUAAUGUUGGCUAAGCAGACCAGUUUAGAGUUGACUUAAACCUGCAGUAUGGCAACUUAUUUACAAA